GAAUUGUAAAGUGAAUUUCUAAUAAUUGAAUACCAACCGGAUAGUUUAUUCUUCGUAGAUCAACGUUUGGGUGAUAGCCGGAACUUCAGUGGCUAAUUUUAAUGGAUACUGAUUUUGUGCAAAUGGAACGCUCCGCCUGUUGACGUUUCGGCGUAAUCAUUCGUUUAUUAUAAGGCUGAGUUCAUAAAAUGGGACGUGUGAUUCGCUCUCAGAGAAAGGGUGCUGGGUCGGUGUUCCGAUCGCAUAACAAGCACCGCAAAGGAGCUCCCAGGCUUCGUGCGAUCGAUUUCGCUGAACGUCAUGGCUACAUCAAGGGAAUCGUGAAGGAGAUCAUGCACGAUCCAGGACGCGGAGCUCCUCUGGCCCGCGUCUAUUUCCGAGACCCAUACCGCUACAAGCAGCGCAAGGAAUUAUUUCUCGCCUGCGAGGGCAUGUACACCGGACAGUUUGUCUAUUGCGGAAAAAAAGCUCAAUUACAGGUUGGUAACGUUUUGCCUAUCGGGAACAUGCCUGAAGGUACUGCUGUAUGCAACUUAGAAGAAAAGACCGGUGAUCGUGGACGUCUAGCUCGCACGUCUGGCAAUUACGCUACCAUUAUUGCCCACAACCCCGACUCAAAAAAGACGAGAGUCAAGCUUCCGUCAGGUGCUAAAAAGGUGGUCCCAUCAGCCAACCGUGGCAUGGUCGGAAUCAUCGCUGGUGGUGGCAGGAUCGAGAAGCCCAUCCUGAAGGCCGGUCGUGCUUACUUUAAGUACAAGGCCAAGAGGAACUGCUGGCCGAAAGUCCGAGGUGUUUGUAUGAACCCUGUUGAGCAUCCCCAUGGAGGAGGUAACCACCAGCAUAUCGGUAAGGCCUCGACUGUUAAGAGGAACACCCCAGCCGGUCGAAAGGUCGGUCUCAUUGCUGCCAGAAGAACGGGACGUGUCAGAGGAACGCGUGUCGUUACCUCGAAAGAAGAUUAACCAUAAUCACUCUUCUGAACAACUUGGAAGAGUGCUUACUGGUGAUCGUUCCUGGUUUCCGCUGCACGCAUGUUAAUAAAUUCUCGUCUGAGAAAAAAAAA